ACUGAGUGAUUGUGUGUUCAAAAGUAAUCUUUGUCCAAAUGAUGAAUUGUGGAAAUAAUAAAAUCGAGUUAAAUAAAAUGGAAGUGAAACAAGAAGUUAAUGAAAAUGAAUAUACAUGUAAAGAAGAAAUAGACAAUGAGGGAGGUGCUCUUUUUGAUACCCUUAAAGUUGAGAUUAACGAGGAGCCCAAGAGGGAAGCUACAAAUGAUGGAUUUGAUUAUUUAGUAUUAAAAGAGAACUCUAUAAAGACAGAAAAAGAACCAUAUGAAGAUAAAUUCGUACCAUUUGAAGAAAAAGAAACACGUAAUAAAGGUUUUUCCUAUGAAGAUAUACAAACUGAUGAACAGUUAUUCAAAGAUCAUGUUAGAAUUACCGCUGAUAUGGACCAAUGUUUAAGUGCCUCGACUAAUAUGAACACCGAGAAAAACUACUUUACCACUGAAAAUUUGCGAUGUACAAUUUUCAACAAAGAAUCAUUUAGAACCAGAUACGAGGGUUUACGCUGGAGACCAAGUUUUCACGUGUACAAUAUGCAUUAAAAACUUUUCAGAAAGUUCUGAUAAGUCAAGUGUAAACAGUCACGCUGCACAUACGGCAAAUUUCACAUUUUAGAACGACAAAAGUCAAUUUUCAAAUAAUAUAACAACUAAGCCGAAGUAACUUUUAUCUAUUCUCUGAUAAUCAGUCUAUUCGUAAGAAAGGAUUUCUAUUGAAAAGGGCAUCAGGGGAUCAUGCGCAUGAACAUAGGGUCAGCGACCUGCCAGCACUACCCGUCAGCUUUUAUUUGCGUUUGAAUCUUCAACGUAGUUGGUGCUCUCCUGUAUUUUUGUCUAGUGACCUUGUCAAACUUUUUACCAUGGAAGCUGAAGCGUCAGGUAUGUACUUGUAAAUGAUAUAAUUAUUGCACUUAAACAUUAAAGGAUAGAUAUGUAAAAAUAAUAAUUUAUAAAUGAGAGUUCUGUAGUCGAAUCUUACUCAAAUUUAAAUCUUUACUUUAGCUUACACAAAAAGUACCGUUUAGUACCGUUAACUUUUUUUGUUUCUAAGAAUCUGCAUAUAUUUGUGAUUCAAAUGUAGGUUAGAAACACUUCCCCUCAUGUCCCCCAUAAAUAAUAGUAUCUCUUUGUUCGCAGGUAGUCGUGAUUACCCCGGAUCUCGUGAAAAGAAAAUUCGUAAAGAAGAACUAUUUGUUGUGUUAAAAAAAGAUAAUUUUUUCAAUUUAUCAUCAUCGCAGUGCAUUAAAAGAUUACAAAAGUACAUUGUAGAAAAGUUUUAGUGUUAGUGAAAGUGUUCCCCUAACAACUGCUAUUAAACUAUUUGUAUCAAAACUUUUAUCCAAGUGGCGAACUUGUAAAUACAUGAUGGACCGCUUUAAAAAGAACAAUAAUUGUAUGGCUUAAUGGAUACUUGACGAUACAACGUAUGUCACAGCAGACACCAGAUAACAGAAGACGCGGAAGACCACGAAAACUCUUCGAUUGCAGCUCUGAUCGCAGUAAGCAAAGACAAAUUGAACCUUUUGUCUCUGAAAUGAGUUCAAGCGAGAUUUGCUUGGCUGCACAGUCAAGCUUAGUAAAAUCAGGCAAAAGAACCGCAGCGCAAGUUGUAAAGUUAGUUACAACUUCAUCACCAAGAAGUUUGAGAAAAAUGAAAUAUGCGCGUGAGUCAACUUCAACAGUGCAACAAUACACUCCCGAUGAAGCUCUGGCACUGUUGUCGAUUUAGGCCUUACUAAAGAGGAUUACAUAACGAUGCAAAGGGGAGCAAAGAAAAGAGCAGCAGACAUUUAUCCCUCAUACCCAAUACUUACAAAAGCUAAGAAAAGUUGUUACCCAUCAAAUAUUAAAAUCACAGAAACAGAAGCUUCAGUACCUUUGCAAGAUAUUUUAAAUUUAACCAUUCAAAGGCUAGUACAAGUGCAAUCUGAAGUAUUGCUGCAAAAUAUUUCAGAGGAGUUUGUGAGAUUGAUGUUUUCUAUAAAUGGGGUCUAGACGGAAGUGGUGGGCACAGUAUUUAUAAACAAAAUUUUUCUAACGAUUCAAUAUACGCAGAUUCAAACAUUAUUUUAGCAACCAUAGUACCUUUGGAAAUGUCUAAGAGGGAUGGCGAUAACAAAAAAAAUCUUUGGAAAAAUUCGAGUCCAUCUUCUACAAGAUAUUGCCGGCCAGUUAGCUUCAAACUAAUGAAAGAAAGCAGUGAAAACACAAAAACAGAAUAUACCAGUAUCCAGGCUCAAAUUGAUAACUUGCUCCCUACAGAAAUAACCUUAGGUAACAAAGAAUUGUCAUUUAAGCAUAUAGCGAUAUGUACGAUGCUUGAUGGAAAAACGGUAAAUAUUUUAACAGAAACGUCCUCAUCGCAAGCUUGCAAUGUUUGUAAAGCCACACCUAAAAUUCUAAACGACUUGGAGAUCUUGAAAACCAGACCAUGUGACGUGGAUACUUUUAAAUUUGGUAUUUCUGUACUUCACGCACACUUGAGAUGUUUAGAAUAUUUGCUAAAUAUUUCUUAUAAAUUGGAACUCCAACAGUGGCAAGCGAGAGGCAAUGAAGCCAAAGAAAAGGUGAAGAAAAGACAACAACACAUUACCAAUCUUUUUUAUAAAGAAAUGGGCCUUGUUGUCGACCAACCAAAACAAGGAGGUGGGAACAGUAAUGACGGGAACACAGCACGAAAAUUUUUUGACAAUCCUAUCUGGGUAUCCAAAAUAACGGGCUUAGACAAAGAUUUGAUAGAGCGGUUUUCCAAUAUCUUAAGCAUUCUGUCUAGUGGGCAUUACAUUAAUGAAACAGUUUUUAAAAAAUAUUGUUAUGAUACGGCUGAAAUGGCUAUUAGAUUGUAUGGUUGGUAUAAAAUGAGCGCCACUGUCCACAAACUACUUUUACAUGGACCUGAUAUAAUAACCUCAUUAAGCUUACCAGUGGGCCAACUGACCGAAGACGUUAUAGAAGCAGGCCAUAAAGAUUACAAAAAAUUUCGUCAAUUUAAUUCUAGGAAAACGUCAAGGAAGGAAACCAACGAAGAUAUUUUUCACUGGAUGUUGAUAUAUUCUGACCCCAUUAUAACUAGUCGCAGAAAAAAACCAAAAUCGAAUAAAAAAAAAUUCAACUCAGUUGUCCUUGGUAUGUUAAGACUACCAACAUUUUUGACUACUGAAGAAGUUUUGUGUUUAGACGAAGAAUUCUCAGAGAUUUAAUAUUUUUAAUAAUUUCAUUUUUAUAAUUCUACACUUAAUUGUAUUAUCUAAUAAAUGCGUAGUUUAAAACACUUUUUUAUUUAUUUUUUAAGUAACCUGCUGUUAUAGGUAGUUUAUUGCAUAGGCGUAACCAGGACGAUCCUAAGGGAGGGGUUACAACUACUGGAAAGGGGGAGUUACAACUAUUGGAUGGUCUCUGGGGGGUAUGGUGUUAAGCGUAUAGAGCUCAAAGUACAUCCCAAUGGGCGAGGGGGUUACAACCCCCAAAACCCCCCUGGUUACGCUCAUGGUUUAUUGUUACUAAUCCAUACUAACUACAAAACUUUGCUACUACCAGUAGUAACUUAAACUAUCAGAGAUAAUUUUGUCGUCCUAAAAUGUAGAAAUUGCCCUAUGUGCGCUGUAGGAAAAAAACAUUUAACGUGUGGAGAUUAUUCUAAAGAGUUUAAUAAAGAUAGUCUUUUAAGAGUACCUACUGGAAAAAAUACUUUUCCAUGUGAAAUUUGCUCCAAAUUAUUUUCACGAAAGUCCGUUUUGAAAGAACAUAUGCGAAUGCAUCUUGGCGAUAAACCUUUUGACUGUGAAAUUUGCUGCAAAAGUUUUUCACAAAGAUCCAAAUUAACAGAACAUAUGAGAGUACACACUGGCGAUAAACCUUUUGCAUGUGAAAUUUGCUGCAAAAGUUUUUCACAUAGAUCCAGUUUAAUAGAACAUAUGAGAAUACACACUGGCGAUAAACCUUUUGCAUGUGAAAUUUGCUCCAAAAGUUUUUCACAAAGAUCCAAGUUAACAGAACAUAUGAGAAUACACACUGGCGAUAAACCUUUUGCAUGUGAAAUUUGCUCCAAAAGAUUUUCAACAAGAUCCAAGGUAACAGUACAUAUGAGAGUACACACUGGCGAUAAACCUUUUGCAUGUGAAAUUUGCUGCAAAAGUUUUUCACAUAGAUCUAGUUUAACAGUUCAUAUGAGAAUACACACUGGCAAUAAACCUUUUGCAUGUAAAAUUUGCUCCAAAAGUUUUUCACAUAGAUCCAGUUUAUCAGCACAUAUGAGAGUACACACUGGCGACAAACCUUUUGCAUGUGAAAUUUGCUGCAAAAGUUUUUCACAUAGAUCCUGUUUAACAGAACAUAUGAGAAUACACACUGGCGAUAAACCUUUUGCAUGUGAAAUUUGCUCCAAACGUUUUUCAGAAAGAUCCUGUUUAACAAAACAUAUGAGAAUACACACUGGAGAUAAACUUUUUGCAUGUAAUAUUUGCUCAAAGAAGUUUCUACGAAGAUCAACUUUAACAAAUCAUAUGAGAGUACACACUGGAUGUAUUUCGGAAAUUCACUGAAAUUUCACAUGUAAAUCUUUUGCAUUUACAAUUUGUAUCAAAAAUAUUCACAAAGUUCGUAUUUAAAAAAAAGAACAUAUGAGAAUACACACUGGAGAUCAGUUUUGCAUGUGAAAUUGACACCAGUUUUUUAAAAAGAUCCAGGUUAACAGAACGUACAUAUUAUAUAAGAAUACAUAUUGGAGAUAAACCCUUUAAAUGUGAAAUUUGCUGCAAAUUCUUUUCAUAUCGGUUAUAAAUAACCCUUUAAUGGGUUAUAAAAGAAUACACCGUGGAGAUAAUACUAUUGCAUGUGAAAUUUUGUCAUUACCCAUAUAAAAAUGAUAGAAAACAGUAAUGCAUUUUAUAGUAAAAUCUGGACUAGUGGAAUUCAUCUUUUUUUAUUUAUAGUAAUAAUUAACAAGUAAGUCUUUACAUAAAAACAUUUUAUAUCAUUUGUGAUUAAUACAUAAACAAAAUUUAAUACUGAGAAUCUUAUUGAUUUCUUUAAGCAUUUAUAAUAAUUGAUCUGCAAUAUUAAGUUUAACACUUACACUGCCACCAUAAUGAGAAAAAGAGUGUCCUUGGCGUUAAUAUGUUUCCCUCUAUAUAUAUAUAUAUAUAUAUAUAUAUAUAUAUAUAUAUAUAUAUAUAUAUAUAUAUAUAUACAUAAUUAAAAACUAAGCAUGUAUGUACACGUUUCUUUACAAAAAAAAACGUUAAUUUGCGUUUGUUAGAGAUGAGAAUCACCAUAUGAUUCACGUGGCCUAGUUGGCUGAUAUCGUUUAUUUCAGCGGGGUGCAUCAUAUGCCGAUUCACACAAAAACCAUAUAAUUCAGGCGGUCUUGUUAUCUGAUAUCGUUUAUUACAAUUUUAUGCCCAUUUCCACAAGAUGAGUCAUUUCUUGCAAUUUCGCAAAUUUCGCUACAAAUGGAUAUUAUUCAUUUCCAAGCGUUAGCCCGUAGGUGUUAGUUGAUUUCUCUGAGUAUUUUGUGUAAAUCUUCAUACUGUGAAAAUGAAUUACGAAAAGAACAAGAAAAAUUAAAUGGUCUGUGGCAGGAAUAUCUUCGAGAUGAAGAUAAUGAACCAAUUAAAAAAAAGUAAAGUUAAUAAAUCCACCGAGUACUUCUGGCACAUCAAGAAAUAUAUCUGAUAGUGUAAUGGAAAGAAUAAAUAAUAUUGAAAACAAUUUAAAAGAAAGUGAAGAUGAGGAUAAAGAAAGUGAACACAUUGAAAAUAGUGCGAAUUUAUCGUGGAAAGACGUGAGUGGACAGUAGAUGAAAUUAUUUAAUUUCACUGAAAUAGAUGUUGCUAUAAAAGCAGAACUAUGUAGCGUUAUAACUGCUACAUUGCCUGAUUUCUUUCUUAUGUUAAUAUAUUUCGUUAAUUAUAUUCUCCAAUUUCCAUAUCUUCUGUCAUAAUUCAUAUUCUUCUAUAUCCUCCAUUGUAUCUCUUAUUUUUCUAUAUAUUUUCUAGGAUAUAGAUUGUAUCAGAAUUAUGUCGUUACUUAAUUAAUUCAUUAUUCUCUUUUCAUUUUUACUGGUAUUUAGUAUAAAAACCAGUUGGCGUCCAAAUCUAUCUUCUUUAUAUAUAUAUAUAUAUAUAUAUAUAUAUAUAUAUAUAUAUAUAUAUAUAUAUAUAUAUAUAUUAGUAUCGACCUUUCCUAUUUUCUUAAUAAUCAUCAUUUUUUAUCUUUUACUCAAGUUUUCUAAAGAGUGAAUUUUAUUUUCAUCUCUAUUUCCGUUACUUUGGAACGAGAGGUCCCAUCUUUAUUCUCUGUGACAUUUCUCCUUCCCGUUCGAUACAAAAGUCGAUUCGAUAUAAAUGGCUUUUAUUUUCUGAAAAUGUCGAUUUUCUUCAUGACUUCUCUAAGAAUAGAAUAAUCAAUUGUUGUGUCGUCUCCAGAUUUGGAGUCAACCUCCGGAUACAUUUCUCAGGUGCGGGUCAAAUUCUAUUAACAUCCAGAAGACCAACCGGCCUGAGAAUGGAACCAUCAUUCCAAUAGGAGAGUUGACUCCGGAGCAAGAAAAUCCACCACUAACAACAUGGCUUGCUAACAACCAGAGCAGAAAAGACCAGGAUAAAACUUAGGAUUUGGUGACAAACAUUGUUCUUUCAUAUAACUAAUGUAACACUGUAGCAAGAAGUCGAAUAAUUUUUAUUUAAAUUUAAUACGAUACUUAACAUUUAUUUUUCUGUUUUUUUUAUAUCUUAAUAAACAUGUGUUAAUUU